AGCCGCUGUUCCGAUCACCUUGCACAGCACCACUCUUCUCGCGACUAGGCAACCAUUGAGAUACUUCACCUGCGCCCAGCAUAGCCACCCUUGACUUACGCAACGCCCACGUACGCCAACGCCGCUCCACGGUAUAUUCACAAAACAGACGCCUCGCCCAUCGACUCGUAGCUCCAUUUAGCAGCUUGCGCCUUUGACAGCUACCGAGACCUACCUCGAAUCCACCACCCACUGGCAUACUCCGCACGUAGAUAGCCGUCUUCAAAACCUGUACCCCUCAUAUCGCAGAGAUGACGCUCGCCGAAGAAUUCAAGUCGCGGAAUUUCAGUAAGAUGACCUCUGGUGGAAGCUAUUGAGCUAUUGCUGACGUGGUAUGCUUGCAGGUAUCUACGGUCAAUGGUCAGUAGGUUUUCGCGCUGUCUUCAUCCAUCUGCAUUAGCACAACAGUUGCAACAAAUGUCCCCCCUUGCGCAAGAGUCGUCGACUUGCAGAGUAGCGACGUGCAGUCAACGGCCAUCAUGUUAUACGUCACAUCACCUCUACGAACUGCACCCGGCAAGUGUAGAUGGCACCAACUGACUCGAUUGCUAGGACCGGAGUGCUGUGCAUCUUCCUCUGCUUCGCGCUCGGAGUUGCGAACAUCUUCCACCCUACCUUUGUCAUUGCAUUCAGUAUCGUGUGUUUAGUCUCGUCGUUUGUCAUCAUUUUCAUCGAAAUCCCGCUCCUCCUCCGUAUCUGUCCAACGUCACCGAAGUUCGAUGCCUUCAUUCGCAAAUUCAGCUCGAACUACAUGCGAGCCGCCAUUUACGGCGUCAUGAGUGUGGUGCAGUGGAUCAGCAUCUGGCCCCAGGCAACCAGCUUGAUCGUCGCAGCUAUAUUUCUCAUGGUUGCAGCCAUCUUUUACGCCCUAGCUGGCUUCAAGGGUCAGCAGUUCCAGGGCAGUAAGACUUUGGGUGGACAGGGUGUGGCGCAGAUGAUCAUAUAAGCGGAUGAAAGAAAGCGAGCGAUACCGAGUCAUCGUUAUGAGAGAGAAGAGCGAAUGAUUACGAUACAUGCGUCUGUGCUGUAGCACAUCACAAUUGAAGAUGGAGUGCGAUUGCCCAUGCAGCGCAUUGGUGAUAUCCCAGGAUUUGCGAUUUGGUUUUUUAUCGCCAGUCGACAGCUAGGCGUAUUGGUGUCAUUUCUACAACACAUUUGAUGCAGGAGCCGAAAAUGGAUCAUAUUUAUUUA